AUGACACUAUAAUAAACUGACUUGAAAUGUGAUGUCUGGUCAUGGCGGCUUCCCAACUUGGUACAUCACCUACGGCACAGAUAGCUGAUAAUCGUAUUUUCCUAUUCCGCCUACAAAUGCUAAUUAUAGAUGGCGGACUUGCCGUUUUAAGACAUUAUGUAGAUCAGGAACUUUCAGCUCAAUCUAUCACUCUAAGUGGAUGUCUUGCUAAUGAAAGGACCACUUGUAAACUUUUGAAGGGACGUGGAAUAAUAACACAGGUGCAAUAUGAUUUAUUGUAUCCAUCAAGUGGCACUGUUUUAACUUCAGAUUUGGACAUCACACUUAUUAUUUGUCUCAUGAGAAAUCUGAAGUGUUUCAAAUUAAACUCAAAGUUUAAUUGGAACAUACCACCAAUACAAAAUGACACUUCAAUCGAGGCAGACAUUUUUAGACUGAAGAAACACAGGAACGCGAUUUGUCACAUAUCGACAACUACAGGGAUGCAACAUAAUGACUUUAUAACACAGUGGAAAGAAAUCGAACAGAUCCUCCUAAGAAUUAAUAAGGUGUAUCCAAUCAAAGACUUUCAGCAGACGAUUACUGACUUUCAAUUCAGUCCUCUUGAUCCAAACACAGAGAAGCGAGUAACAGAUGAAAUUGAUAAAUGGGAGAAAUUCGACAAAUCUGUAGAACCUGAUUUAGAGCUUUUGAAAACAGAUCAAAAAGUAAUGAAACUGAAAAUUAAGGCACAUAACAUUGAACUAGCCGAAACCAGGAAACAGUAUGAAGAAGGAUUGGAAGCGGUUCAUAACAAAAUAGCUGAAAUAGAAAAACAGUUGCCAGCACCAGACAACUAUCAGAAGCGCAAACUAGAGCUACAGCAUGGUUUGAUUACAUUUUACAAAACAAGACACAGUCAAGUUUUCCUGUCACCUCUUUUCGAAGAGAAAGACACUCCAUUGGCUUCUUUCUAUAUUAGACCGGAACUGAGAUAUUGUAAUAAAAAAUCAGUUAAAUCAUUAUCAGAGAUAUUCAGAACUAAAAAUAUUGAAAAUCGCGAAAUUUAUGUACUCGCUGAUGCUGGACUCGGAAAAACUGCAUUUUCAAAGUAUCUGGCUAUCAUGUGGUGUCAAGCGCAUUGCCCAAACGAAGACUUAAAUGAAUAUUUGUUAAAGGAUGAUAUAUACUGUAUGCAAAAAUUUGAUUUUUUAUUCCUGGUGUCAUUGCGAGAUUCGGACGAUUUAUGCUCUAUAGAUGAUCUCAUAUUUGAAAAGAUAAUCUCAGACUUGGGUCUGGAAGAGAAGCUUUCCGAAGAAUUCCUGCUUAGAAUUUUGAAAAAACAGAAAUGCCUCAUUAUACUCGAUGGACUGGAUGAAUGGACCCACCCCGACAAUAAAUGUAACAGAUCACCACGAUCGAUCCCCCACAGGAAUGACCGAGAGAAUUGUAUAAUACUGACUACCACACGACCAUGGAAAUUAGGUGUUUUAGAUCUAAAUUCGUGUCAAUUAGGUAAAAAAAUAGAACUUACAGAACUAAGUAACGACUCAGCAGUCACACUAAGAAUUAGAAUGUUACAAAAAUUGAGACCACACCAAAAUAAAGAUUCAUUAGAAAGAAAUUCCAAGCUCAUUAAAAUAAUCAGUAGUAGAGGCAACGCUGAACUUACUUCUGUGCCUCUACUUUUGAUAUAUACAAUUUGUUUAUGGUGUGACGGUGUUCAAAUAGGAAAUUCAAAAUGUGAUCUUUAUAUAAAUAUAGUUGAGCUGCUCUUAUUAAGAACGAUUCAGAAGCAUGGCAAAUUUCAAAUACCGCAGGAACAUCCUGCCAGUGACAUACCAGAAUGCUUUGCUGAAUAUGAAAACUGUAAAACAUACUUCAAACUCCUGAUACAAUUAGGGAAAUUAGCUUAUUAUACAUUACUCAAUGAAACAAGAGAAAACACGCUAGUAUUUGAUGGAUCAGUUACUAAAAAAUACCUUACACUAUGUGAGAUGAAAUUCACUCUGCUCUCAGGAAUGUUGUCAGAAAGUACAACAAACACAUUAACAAAAAAGUUUAGUAAAGUUUCGUUUUCCCACAAAACAGUACAGGAAUUCUUUGCCGCCAUAUUUAUAAGUUCUCACAGUGACGCUCAGAAAAUUGUUCUAGAAAAAUGUAGAAACAUUGAGGACAUUCUGGACAUGUCAAAAAUUUGUGAAUAUGCAAGUGAAAUAAAUGCUGACCGGAUGUGUGCAAUAUCAAAUGAUUUGAUGUCUGUGAUAAAUGAGGACGAGAAAACACGCGACUAUAGAACAAGGACAGGUGACGAGGACAAGUACAAUACGCCAUUAUAUAACAUCCAGAAAAUGUUGUUGUCGUGUUUACAAGAAAUGCCUGAAAGUGAAAACCUUCAAUUUUGUUUACAAGAUUUCUUCAUUGACGAGGACACCGAGCACAGUAAGCAGUUACAAAAAUUGCUAAAACAAAAUAAAACCAACGUAAAAUCACUUUAUAUAAACACCAGCAUUACUUCAAGCAGUUUACGUGAAAUUAUAGAUUUAUUCUCUCUGACAGAUCUCAGUCAUAUACAGAAACUUUACUAUCGUGGUGACAUAUUAAAGAAGAAGGAGGCUGAGAUAGAUCAGAUAUUGUUUCCCAGUUUAGAGUAUCUUACUUUGUCAGGUGGUAAAAGGACAGUUGAUGAAGAAAAGCUGAGUGAAAAUUUGGCGCGAUUACAUAACUUACAAUGUUUAUGUAUUAGAUACUUUAGUUUUUCUCACAAAAUACUAGACACAUUUUUCAAUUUUAUCUCCCGUCAAAAAUCAAUGAAAGAGUUAUCAUUGGCGUGGUUAUACUGUAAAGAACACUGGCGCAGUCAUGAUUGCAUGAGAUUUAACUUGAACUUGUCUCAACACACAACUCUUGAAAACCUAUAUUUGUGGGCGUUCCCUUGUGGUUACUAUAAAAAAUAUCAACACCGUCAUUAGUUCAUGUGAGAUUGGAGAGCAUCAAUCUAUAUGAAAUGUCAUUGAUAUGUUGAAUAUUAAAUGUUUGAAGUUGAGGGAUAUAAAAAUGGCUGCAGGAAGUUUACAGAACUUUAUUACCGUGCUGGUAAAUUUUUCGGAGUCAGUUACAGUAAAGAUGGCCUACAUUACACCAGAAACAGAAUAUGACUGUGUAAGAGAAUAUAUUCGGUGUUCAAGAAAAACCUUUUUAUUUGAUACAAGACUACUGUCGGGGAAUUGAGUUCAAAACAAGGAAACCAAGUAGAGAAUAAACAAGAAAAAACAUUGAAUACUAAAUUAAAGAAAUUUAUUUCAACAAUUAAACAAGGGGAACUUAAAAUACAAAAUGGCUGCAUUAGCGAUUGAUGAAAUUUUACCAUUUGAUAAUUAUUAUAUAAACAUUAACUAUAAUUUUGAAAUAUCACUGAUCUAAUUACAAUUUUGUCGAAAUAAAAUCAUUCAAAAGAUAAAAAUAAUUUACCGAAAUAAUUCACGGAUGAAUAUAAAAGUUGGAUAAGGAUAUAGUAAUUUUCACAGAUAAGAGUUUUCAGUUUUAUUGAAAUGUCUUUAUAUUUUCAUUUAAUUUUCGUAACACAUUAUUAUACAAACAUAUUGCAUUUAAAUACUUAUAUUUCGUUUAACUGAAAGUGAAUUAUAACCUUCCGACCAAUACAUAUAUGUACUUUGACAAAAGAUCGUUGUCAUUUUGUGUCUUUUUAAACUUUAUCUACCUUUUUGUAACAUCUCUAACUUAGAGCACUCAUAUAAACAUACAUGUAUAACUACACCUUUUAUUUAACCCAGCCUUCAAUAAUCAUACAGAUAUUAUUACUUUUGUUAACAUUGUAAAAAAAUAAUUUUAUUGUAAAAAUUUUAUUGUUCUAUUUACGUUUAUAUAAUUAUAUUACAUGUAGUUAUUUUAUUUAAUUGUUUCUUCUGUAUGGUAAUUAUUUAAAUUGCAAUGUAUUCAAAUUAGAUAUACUUUCAAGCUUUUUAUUUGUAUGGAUUACUUUAUAUAAUAUAAGUCAUAUUUAGUAAAUGAACGACUUCUUUUGCAAUUUCAAUAAGGAACAGAAACCAAGUAUUAAACUAGUAUUGUUUUUGUCUGUUGUUCCGAAAAUGUCUGACAUAAGUUUACAAUUUCAUAAAUAAGCAAAUAUUAUGAUACUUGUUUAGGAAAAGAGUUUAAUAUUUUUGUCGUGAAACCAUUGUCAAUUUACACCGCAUAUGAUUUUUUUCCUCUAAUUUUGCAUUAUUUUGCCGCCUUUAAUACCAGAUAAGUUUGUAUCUAUUAUAUAUGUGUUUAUUUUGAAUUAAAAAAAGGAUAUAUUGAUAAUAAUGCGUCAAUACAAGGUCAUAUUACGCAUUUCAGCGGCUUUUUUUAAACACUUUUG